CCACAAACCACAAAACAAGCAGUUUACACCCGUUUUACAACCGUCACCUGGCAACCGACGACGGGCAACAACAACCUUGGUGUGCGUUAUUUGGAACUGACUCCCCUGGCGAUCACGAUGUCGGCUGAGCUGGAAGAGACCACUUUGGAGGAAAGGGGUGUGGAGGGCGGUCCACCAAAGCCAAGAAGGGUAGGCGGGUGGGGGGAGGAGAAAGGAAAGAGGAGGAGAGACACAGUCGAAGAAGAUGAGAGGUUGCGAGUUCCUGAAAGCUUUGACGACGAUGAUGACCUGCCAGUUAUUCCUGAUCUCGAGGCAGUGCAAAAAGAAGAUCUCACCACCCAGAUUGCCGCACCUCCAUCACUGACUGUGAACAGACUGGCCUCGUACCGGGAACUAGAGGCCGACAUCCAGAAACAAAACUUCACUCUGGUGUGUGUAUAUAGUACAUCCUUCCUUGUAUUAUAGUUUACAUUUAAGGUAUAAUACUGACAGUCUUUCUCCCCAUCACAUUAGGGAGGUGUUGACUUGAAAUUGCUGUCUAAAGUACUAUCGCCAGAGAAAGACGUUACAGAGGAGGACGUAGGUUGGGAGUGGGAGAGGCUGUUUGCUGAGAUGUCGUCUGACAUACAGAGAGUGUGGAGAAGAAGGGAACCUGAAGACCUCUCACAACCAGCCCUAGCCAAAACUGACUCAACUCUCUGACUCACUUUAUACCACAUUAAUACAAGUUCAAGUCCUAAUGAAGGCAGACUCAGUAUUGCAAUAAUGUAUACCACAUUAAUAGAAGUCC